GGACCGGCUUCAGCGGGCGCCACCGCGCAUAUUCUGGCGCAUGCUCAGUCCGAGCACCCGUGCUGUGGGGUCCGGCUCCCCCGGCAACGCGCUUCCGGGCGUCGGCGCCACUCAAAAUGGCGGACGGAGGCGACGGAGUGGCGGCGGCGGGCGGCCGCGGCCCCCUGAAGCUGGCGAUGUGGUGGGAUGAAAGAGUUGAUUUCCAGGCUGCUUUUUUACAAUGUUUGGCAAAGCAUGUGCCAAACAUUUACUCUUCAGAAAUGGAUCCCUUGCUGGAAAAGCAGGAAGAAUUGGUCCAGGUCACAAUAUUUUAUCCUUUGGAGAGGUGUUUGUUUGGAGAAGACCCAGACAUCUGCCUAGAGAAGCUGCGGCAAAGUGGAUCUUCUCAGCUCUGUGGGAAGGUGUUCAAAAGUGGAGAGACAACAUAUUCCUGCAGAGACUGUGCAAUUGAUCCAACUUGUGUGCUAUGUAUAGACUGCUUCCAGAAUAGCAUUCACAAGAACCACCGUUACAAGAUGCAUACUUCUACUGGAGGAGGGUUUUGUGACUGUGGAGAUACAGAAGCAUGGAAGGCUGGACCAUUUUGUACUAAACAUGAGCCUGGAGCAGCAAGUACUACACAAGAGAAUUCAGAAUGCCAGCUAAAUGAAGAGGUAAUGGCACAAGCCAGGAAGGUGUUCCCUUCUGUCAUACAAUAUAUUGCUGAUAUGACCAUCUGGAAAGAAGAGAAGGAACUGCCUCCAGAGCUCAUGACUAGUAGAGAGAAGACUGAUAAUUACUACUGUGUCCUUUUCAAUGAUGAACAUCAUUCUUAUGACCAUGUCAUCUACAGUCUACAAAGGGCACUUGGCUGUGAAUUUGGAGAAGCCCAGUUACAUACAACAGCCAUAGAUAAAGAGGGUCGUAGGGUUGUUAAAGCAGGUCCUUAUGCAUCUUGUCAAGAAGCAAAGGAGGAGAUCAAGAGACACUCUGAGAAUGUUUCCCAACGACCACUUCACGUGGAGGUUCUGCAUGCUGAUGUUGUGGCUCAUCAGAAAUUUGCUUUACGCCUAGGUUCCUGGUUAAACAAACUUAUGAGCUAUUCAAGUGACUUCCGUCAGAUCUUCUGUCAAAUAUGCCUCAAAGAAGAAGCUGACUAUGAAAAUCCUUGCUUCAUAAGCAUGUUGAUGCUUUGGGAUGCAAAACUUCAUAAAGGAGCAAGGAAGGUCCUUCAUGAGCUUAUCUUCAGCAGUUUUUUCAUGGAAAUGGAGUACAAAAAACUUUUUGCUAUGGAAUUUGUGAAGUAUUAUAAGCUAUUGCAAAAAGAGUAUAUCAGCGAUGAUCACGAAAGAAAUAUCUCAGUGACUGCACUCUCGGUUCAGAUGUUCACUGUGCCUACCCUGGCCCGCCAUCUUAUUGAAGAGCAGAAUGUAAUCACCACUAUCACAAAGACUCUUCUAGAAGUUCUGCCAGAGUAUCUGGACAGGAAUGACAAAUUCAACUUUCAGGGUUAUAGCCAGGACAAACUGAGCCGGGUGUAUGCAGUCAUAUGUGAUCUCAAGUAUAUCUUAAUUAGUAAGCCCACAGUUUGGACAGACAGACUGAAGGAAUGCUUUUUGGAAGGGUUCUGUUCAUUCCUGAGGAUUCUGACUUGUAUGCAGGGAAUGGAAGAGAUAAAGAGACAAAUUGGUCAACACAUCGAGGUAGACCCUGACUGGGAAGCAGCCAUUGCUAUCCAGAUGCAGCUGAAGAAUAUUCUUUUGAUGUUCCAAGAGUGGUGUGCUUGUGAUGAAGACCUUUUGCUAAAGGCUUACAAGGAGUGCCAUAGAGCUGUGAUGAGGUGCAGCACAAAUAGUCAUUCACGAGCGAAGACAUUUUUUCACUUAUGUGGCCACACGCUGGAAUACAGACCUUACAGAGUGUCUGUAGAUUCUGUUAGCAUACACUUGCCACUGUCCAGGACCCUUGCUGGUCUACAUGUAAGGUUAAGCAAGACUGGGGCCAUCUCAAGACUAAAUGAAUUUGUCUCUCCUAAAGAAUUCCAAGUGGAGCUGCUGAUAGACUAUCCUUUGCGCUGUCUUUCCUUGGUUGCUCAGGUUGCAGCAGACAUGUGGAGGAGGAACGGGCUUUCCCUGAUAAGUCAGGUGUUCUAUUACCAGGAUGUUAAAUGUAGAGAAGAGAUGUAUGAUAAAGACAUCAUUAUGCUGCAGAUUGGUGCAUCUCUUAUGGAUCCAAAUAAUUUCCUUUUGAUGAUGCUUCAGAGAUAUGAACUUGCUGACGCCUUCAGGAAGAUCAUGCCCACUAAAGACCAGGAUUUGAUUAAGCAGUGUAAUACAUUAAUAGAGGAGAUGCUGCAGGUUCUCAUCUAUGUUGUAGGGGAAAGGUAUGUACCUGGAGUAAGUGAUGUGUCAAAAGAAGAUGUUGUUAUGAGAGAAAUCAUUCAUCUGCUCUGUAUUGAACCAAUGGCUCACAGUGCUAUUGCUAAAUCUUUGCCUGAGAAUGAAAACAAUGAAACUGGCUUGGAGAACGUAAUUGACAAAGUCGCCGUUUUUAAGAAACCAGGGGUGUCAGGCCAUGGAGUUUAUGAGCUGAAGGAUGAAUGUUUGAAGGAGUUCAAUAUGUUCUUUUAUCAUUACACCAAAACCCAACACAGCAAGGCUGAACAUACACAGAAGAAGAGAAGAAAACAAGAAAACAGAGAUGAAGCAUUACCACCUCCACCUCCUCCAGAAUUCAGCCCUGCAUUCAGUAAUGUGGUAAAAAUUAUGAACUGUGAUGUCAUGAUGCAUAUCCUCAGGACCAUCCUUCAAAGAGUGGUAGAACUGGAGACCCACUUAUGGACAGAAGCUAUGAUCCAAAUGGUACUUCAUCUCCUUUCUCUGGGCUUGCUGGAAGAGAAACAGCAGCUAGGGAAGGCUCCAGAGGAAGAAGUGACCUUUGACUUCUAUCACAAAGCAUCAAGAAUGGGAAGCUCAGCCUUGAAUGCUGUGAACAUAGUGAUGCUUCUGGAAAAGCUGAAAGGAAUUCCUCAGUUAGAAGCACAGAAGGACAUGAUCAACUGGAUACUGCAGACAUUUGACACAGUGAAACGAUUGAGAGAGAAGUCCAGCUUUUCAACAGUAACCACUAUCUCAAGAUCAGAAGCUACAAAAGGUGAUGAGACACAGAGCACUCAGGACAAAGAUAAGGCUGAGCGGAAAAGAAAGGCAGAAGCAGCCAGACUGCAUCGUCAGAAGAUAAUGGCCCAGAUGUCUGCCUUGCAGAAGAAUUUCAUUGAAACUCAUAAACUCCUGUAUGAAAACACACAGGAGGCGCAGGGAAGAGAGGAUUCCAUUAUGGAGGAAGAAAGCAUACCCAUAGCUAUUGAUCACUACAGAAUUGCCUUGGGUCCCAAACGAGGGCCAUCUGUUACAGAAAAGGAGGUGUUGACCUGUAUUCUUUGUCAAGAGGAACAAGAAGUGAGACUGGAGAAUACUGCAAUGGUACUAUCGGCCUGUGUCCAGAAAUCCACUGCCUUAACUCAGUACCGUGGGAAAACUCUUGAAGACUCGGAUGGUACGCUUGAUCCUCUUUUCAUGCAUCCUGAUUUGUCAUGUGGAACUUAUACAGGAAGCUGUGGUCAUGUGAUGCAUGCCGCCUGCUGGCAGAAGUACUUUGAAGCCAUACAGUUGAGCUUUCGGCAGCGUCUCCAUGUUGAACAGAUUUUUGACUUGGAGAAUGGCGAGUAUCUCUGCCCACUCUGCAAGUCUCUCUGCAACACUGUGAUUCCCAUUGUUCCUUUGCAGACUCAGAAAAUAAACAGUGAGGAUGCAGAGGCAAUAGCUCAAAUUCUGUCCCUAGCUAGGUGGUUGGAGAUUGUCAUGGCCAGGAUAUCAGGCUACACUGCAAACAUCACUAAAGAAGAAGAGCCUAAAAAUGCUCCGGCUGUAGUCAGUAGAGAAAAGGGGGACUCUGCUCUGGAUUUCCAUUCUAUCCUUAGUUUUGGAAUUCAGCCUUUAGCCAAAUACUCCAGAAGUAUUAAGGAGAUGCUGGUUCUUUUUGCCACCACCGUUUACAGAGUUGGAUUACAGGUUGCUCCCAGUGAAUCUGAUCCUCGUAUUCCUGUGACAACUUGGAGCACGUGUGCUUUUACUAUUCAAUGUAUAGAGAAUCUUCUGGAAGAUGAGGGCAAACCUCUAUUAGGAGCACUACAAAACAGACAGCACAGUGGCCUUAAAGCAUUAGUGCAAUUUGCAGCUGCUCAGAGGACUACAGCACCACAAAGCUUGAUUCAGAAACAUCUGGUUCGCCUCCUAGCAGUUCUUCUGCCAGAUGUUAAAGUGGAAGACACACCGUCUCUUCUAGAUAUAGAUAUGUUUCAUGUUUUGGUAGGAUCUGUGUUAGCAUUCCCAUCUUUAUAUUGGGAGAAUGCUGUAGAUUUGCAACCUUCAUCUAUUAGCUCUUCCUAUAACCACCUUUACCUCUUCCAUUUGGUCACCAUGGCACACAUAACACAAAUCAUUCUCACCUCAACAACAGAAUCCUCCACUGCUCAAUCACAAGAUGACAGUGAGGAGGCUCGUACUGCUGAGGCUUUCUGUAAGGAAGUUUCCCAGUACACCAGUGGUUGCUUUAGUCAAAACACUCCAGGCUGGCAUAUAUGGGACUGUGUCAAGAAAGGCAUUACACCUUACCUUCGUUGUGCUGCUUUGUUUUUCUAUUAUUUGCUGGGGGUGCCUCCACCUGAGGAGCUGCUGGUAGUUUCUGAUGAAGGACAGUUCAAGGCACUUUGUAGUUAUCUCUCUCUUCCCACCAAUUUGUUCCUGCUUUACCAGGAAUAUUGGGAUACUGUAAACCCCUUGCUCCAAAGGUGGUGUGCUGACCCUGCUGUACUAAGUUAUCUGAAUGGGAAAAGCAUAGCAAUAAGGUACCCAAGGAAAAGAAAUAAUUUAAUAGAUCUUCCAGAAGACUACAGCUGCCUCCUCAAUCAAGCUUCUCAGUUUCGGUGCCCAAGAUCAUCUGAUGAUGAACAAAAGCAUCCAGCAUUGUGUUUGUUUUGUGGGGUUAUGCUAUGUUCCCAGAGAGCCUGCUGUCAGGAGUUAGUGAAUGGAGAGGAGCUAGGAGCCUGCAACUUUCAUGCUCUCCAUUGCGGAGCUGGAGUCUGUAUGUUCCUCAAAAUCAGAGAAUGCAAAGUUGUCUUGGUAGAAAGUAAAACCAGAGGCUGCUUUUAUCCUGCUCCCUACCUAGAUGAAUACGGAGAAACGGACCCAGGCCUGAAAAGAGGUAAUCCACUGCAUUUAUGUCAAGAACGUUACCGGAAACUCCAUCUGCUAUGGCAGCAACACUGCAUCAUAGAAGAGAUUGCCAGAAGCCAGGAAACCAAUCAGAUCUUCUUUGGAUUCAACUGGCAAAUGCUCUAACACCCAGUUCAUAAUAAAAUCUGUAACUAUGGGGGAAAAAGAGGAGGAUACUAAAGAAUCUGCCCUCUAGAAGGAUUAUCCAGCUCAGACAUGGCUGAUGCAUUGAAGCAAAAUAAUUCUCAAUUCAUAGGGUUUACUCUACUAAGCGUCCUUCUCCCAUAACAAAAUCUGCAGCCUUUUAUCAUUGGUGACUACUGUUGAAUAUUCUAGGGAAUCAUUUUCUGGGAAUUGUGAGCUCUAUAGAUAUUUUGAUGAGGGUAAAUUUUCCCCGUCCACCUCUGCACAUUUCUACUCCAAAAGCCCAAACUGUCACUCAGUGGCAUUGAAUAUACAGGUAGAAGUGUGAUCCUACAGAAGAACCAAUUAUGGGAAGCUGUUAAUGUUCCUAUUUGUAAUAAAAUAAGUAUAUAAGGUUUGA